AUGGAGAAGAAGUUUGGAAUGGAGAAGAAUCUACUAAGUAUGGAGAAGAAAUUAAGGAAGAAGAAGUUAAGGAAGGAGAAGAACUUUCGGAUGGGAUGGGAUCGGAUGGGAGAUUAUAUAGAGGAUGGAGAAGAAGUUAGGGAAGGAGAAAAAGUGAAGAAUGAAGAACAAGUUAGGGAAGGAGAAGAAGUUAAGGAUGGAGAACAAGUUAGGGAAGGAGAAGAAGAAGUUAAGGAUGGAGAAGUAGUUUGGGAUGGGGAAGAAGUGAAGGAAGGAGAAGAAGAGAAGAAGAAGAAGAAGAAGAAGAAGAAGAAGUUUUGGAUGGAGAAGAAGUUAAGGGUAAAGAAGAAAGCAUGGAUGGGGAAGAAGUUUGGGAUGGAGAAGAAGUUAAGGAUGGAGAAGAAGUUUGGGAUGGAGGAGAAGUUUGGAAUGGAGGAGAAGAACCGAAGUAUGGAGAAGAAGUUAAGGAAGAAGAAGUUUAGGAAGGAGACGAAGUCAAGGAAGAAGAAGUUUUGGAUGGAGAAGAAGUUUGGAAUGGAGAAGAAUCUACUAAUUAAGGAAGCAGAACAAGUUAAGGAGGAUGGAGAAGAAGUUAGGGAAGGAGAAAAAGUGAAGAAUGAAGAACAAGUUAGGGAAGGAGAAGAAGUUAAGGAUGGAGAACAAGUUAGGGAAGGAGAAGAAGAAGUUAAGGAUGGAGAAGUAGUUUGGGAUGGGGAAGAAGUGAAGGAAGGAGAAGAAGUUAAGGAAGAAGAAGAAGAAGAAGAGGUUUUGGAUGGAGAAGAAGUUAAGGGUAAAGAAGAAAGCAUGGAUGGGGAAGAAGUUUGGGAUGGAGAAGAAGUUAAGGAUGGAGAAGAAGUUUGGGAUGGAGGAGAAGUUUGGAAUGGAGGAGAAGAACCGAAGUAUGGAGAAGAAGUUAAGGAAGAAGAAGUUUAG